AUGGUUUAUUUCACAAGGUCUGCUGCUAGAAGAGUCAUCAAAUUGGGAAUUGCUCUCUUGGUGAUAGCGCUGGUUGCUCUAUAUAGCACUGGACCUGGAUAUGGAAGUAGUAUCGACAGCUUGAUGUGGUCGCAGGACCGAACAGGGGAUACUGAGGGCGGCUCGUUGGAAUCUGAGGAAACGCAAAGGUCAUUGAUGGACAAAAUGGAAAAACCGCUUGUCUCUAAUGAAGCUGAUUCAACACAGAUAGACUAUGAUAGCAUUCUCAGUAAGAGGAAGCAGUUAUUAUCUGAUACGCUCAAAGUACCGAUCACAGAGCCUAAAACUGGUGACUUAGUGCGGCUUAAUGAUCCCAGAGCGGGCAAAGCCAUGGCAACCAUACUCUGUUUGGCUAGAAACGAGGACAUUGCAGACGUUAUCAGUUCAGUACAGCAAUUAGAAGAACAGUUCAAUGGACAAUUCAAGUAUCCUUAUACCUUCUUGAACGACGAAGAAUUUUCUGACCAGUUCAAAGAUGAAUUAAUUAGACUGUUGCCGAAAGGUCGUAAGAUCAAUUUUGGUAAGAUUGCUUCGGAACUUUGGGAUAUGCCAGACUCCAUAGAUCGAGACAUUUUUAAAACAAAAAUGGAAGAACUGGGUGGGAUACAAGAUGUGGAAAAGGUAUCCUAUCACAACAUGUGUCGUUUCUACUCUAAAACUUUUUACCAUCACCCUUUAUUACAAGAAUACAAAUACAUUUGGCGUUUAGAACCUAAUGUGAAUUUCUACUGCAAAAUUGAUUACGACGUUUUCCAAUUUAUGGAAGAUAACGACAAAAUCUAUGGAUUCGUGUUGAACCUCUAUGAUAGCCCUGAAUCGGUCAGAACACUCUGGAGCUCGACGAUGAAUUUUGUCAAGAAGAAUCCUCAGUAUUUGCACGAAAGAGGAUCUUACGAAUGGAUCAAGGACAACGUACAGAAACCAGACAAUUACGAGAUCACAGGCGGAUAUUCCACUUGUCAUUUCUGGACGAAUUUCGAGAUAAUUAACCUGGACUUCCUGCGAUCAAAACCUUACGAAGAUUUUAUGAGUUACUUGGAAGAUCAGAAGGGUUUCUACUAUGAAAGAUGGGGCGAUGCACCAGUCAGAAGCUUGGCUUUAGCACUUUUUGCCGAUAAAUCCAGAAUCCACUGGUUUCGAGACAUUGGGUAUCAACAUUUCCCCUACACAAACUGUCCCAAGUGCCCCGCUAACUCCCAUAGAUGCAAUGGUAAUUGUAAACCAGGCUCUUUUUCCCCAUGGCCCGCCUUAGAGAAGGAAAACUGCCUACCAGUGUGGAUUGAGCAUAUCAUGAGUAAGCAAGAACUUGAAGUUUAUUGA